AUGGAUCUCUUCGGCAACGGCAUGGCCGUUUGUGCCUUCCGUAAGGUCGACAUCCUUCCACGUACUUGCAGCACAUACAUCGCAACGCUGACCUCGUACCGGCCGAAAGGCUUUGCCCUGCUGAGCAUCGCAAUUGCUCCAAGCACAUACACUGCUGUAUUCUGUAGCAUAAGUAUCGAGAGCCGUGAGCUUCACUUCUACGACCAUCCCUCCGGCUCCUUCAUCCAGCAAGCUGCCGCUGUCACUGCCACCGUCACCGAGGUUGGAAAGUGGGAGUACUACGACCGAUUCCGACAAGCCUCGUUCGGUGUCGACUUCAAGCUCGUUGAGGUCUUUAGUAUCGCGAUUUCUCAACCUUUGAAGACGAAGGCUAUUGUCAGUGUUGCACAUCCUCUACACGUCAUAGGCAGAGACGGAUCCAUCCAAAUCGAACUGCAAACACUUGCCAACGAGCUCAAACUACGAGCCAAUUCUAUGGCGCUGGGCCACAGACCCAAGCGAGAAGUAUACGAGGCUGAGAGAGAGUAUAAAUGGCCACCUGGCAGGUCGAAUAAUGACGGGUCGAGCUUUCCGUGGGAGAAAGCUACUCAUGGAUAUGUUGCGAAAGAGUCUGCAAAGACCGCCGCCAGUGGAAAACGCGAUGACGGCCAGCAGGCGGCAAAAGAAGUUGAGACGAAGUGUGGCAAGCAGCAGAAGCAGGAGCAGCAGCAGAAGCAGUACGAAACGCGAAACGCACAUUCAACCGAACCGAUUGUGGGAGCACUCAAAAGACUCCGGUGUUGGAAUAUUGACGGCAGAAGAGGUGAUUUGGGAUGUGGUCGGGCCAUUGUAACCAAAGUAGGGGUCCCAGCAAUCGUCAUACUCAUCAUCGUCCGCGGUCUCGAGGGAGCUCGCGUGCUGAGUACAAGGCUUGAUGACGCGACGAGGCUUCUCGUGCUGCUGCUGCUGUUGUGCGGUGGAGUCGCGGCCAAUUUUGCCCGCAGGGCCAGCAAGCUUGCUGCCCUCGUUCUUGGUAUCGACCAUAUGUAG